AUGUCGACUGGACGCGCCCCCGCCUUCGACGCCGCCGCAGCCCUGGCUGCCGCCGAAGCCCAGGCAGCGGCCGACUUCGCCGCGGCUGCUGGCUUGGAUUGGGCCCAUGUGUUCAUCACAAAUUUUGCGGCAGGGGCGUCUGACGGCGAGCUCGCCGCAGCUGUGGGCGCCUUGUCUGCAGUCGACCUGGCUCGCCUGAUGGCGGCGUGCACGGCUGCCCAGCCCACGGCUGGGCCUUCGACACCGGCUAUCUCGUCGCCUUCGUCGGCAUCCGGGACUUUGCCUCCGACGGGCACAACCUUGUCGACUACGCCGACGCCCUGUCCGCCCUUAUCGGCAUCUACGACGGCCCCUUCGGGCGGCCUGCCAGCCGAGGCCUGGCUUGCGCCGCCUGGGCCCCUUCCGUCCGUGGUGCCAGGGCCUUCGGUACCGGAAGCUCGCCAGUUCUGGUCGGACCAAGAGGCGGCUUCCCACCACGUCGACGCCUCGGCGGGCGCGGUCCCAGUUGACGCCGCCGCCUUGCCCGUACCGGAGGACGGCGAGGACGACCUCGAGGACGGCACGGGGCAUACGGGGCUCGACGGCUACUUGGCUGGCUUUCCGGCGCCUCCCCCCCCGCUGGUGGUUGAGCCUGCCACGGGGGCGGACGACCAAGCGCCUCACCAGCGUCAGCCGUCUGGGUUGUUUGGAUCGGCUGCCCCUUCGCCGGCGGCCGUGCCAGCCGUGGAGGAGCCGACGCCCUACGAGCGGCAGCGUAGGGCGAUCAACCAGGAGAACGCCCUUCGGGCGCUGGCUGGAAUGGGGCCGAUGGGCUUCGACGUCACUUACGACGAGAUGCUCCAGCUACGGAUCCAGCGCGAGCUGCGGGAAAUGGCCACGCCGCCGCCCCCGGCAAAACCGGCAGGGCAAAGGGCGCCGGAGGUGAUCGUUCCUCAGGAAGGGGUGGACCCGGAGCGCGACCAUCCCGUCUUCGGCCUGCGCGGGCGUGCCGCCCAGUGGCCGUGGCGGCCACGGGACCAAAAACAGGUCCCUUCAUCGCCAAGACGGCACGCCCGUCACGCGCAAGGAGCGGUGGGACCGCUACAGGCAGAUGAAGCACCGUCCUGGGGCGGACUUUUUCGACUCAGAGCUGCCGCUCGGCCUCGACGGACCGUCGCGGGCAUCUUCGUGCGCAGCCUCCCGGAGGGCGUCCAGGGCGGCAAGCUGCCCAGGGAGCCGCCCCAGGACGGCACCCACUACAUCGGUUGGUGCUUCGCCAAGUGCCCCGGCCCUUGGUUCAGACCGGUGUCGGCAGCCCGGUGCCCGUACGUCACCGGGCGGCCGCACUCGCACCACAAUUGUGCACGGUGCGCCCCGGACUCUCCGGGCGAGCGGGACCGCUGA